GAAACAUGGCUUUAAAGUUUGAGACUAUUCUUCUUGUCAUCAUUUUUGGUGCAAUUCUUUUGGAUGGCAAUCUGAAAAUUGUUGAAGCUUGCCCCCAAUUUUGCUUUGAUGAUGCUGCAUACAUGAUUUGUCCUUCUUCAGGAAAUAAACACCUCAGUCCAGGAUGCAACUGUUGUUUUGCAUCUACUGGUUGUACAAUUUACAAAGCAGAUGGAACUUCUCUUUGUACUAAGAAUUGAAAUAUAUAAGGAUGUGAUGUGAAUGUCUCUAUUCACAUGCACAGAAUAAUCACUCUUCUAAUUUCAAUAAAUGUGUUACAAAACAAUUAUAAUGUAAUUUGUAAUAUGAAAAAUACAACAGCCAUAAACUAUUACUUGAUA